UGCAAUUGGACUUGUUUGUUGCAAUUGUUGGAAUUCUGAGAUGGUAGAGCUAAAACAUGGUUAGAAGUAUUUCGCGAAGAUACCAACAAUUAGGAAGAUCAAAUAUGUGGGAGUGAAUAGCCAAUAUGGAUUUGUUAGCUGCAGUGACUGCUCUCCUAGGACUUAUUUGUUUUGGUUCUGUGGAUGGAGGCCUCAGCGAUGACUAUAUGAGUAGUGGAGAAGCGCCGUACAUAAUCGAACAACCUAUAGAUGUGACGGUUGCUCGACACCAGCCUGCAACCUUGAACUGUCGAGCUGGUGGAUCCCCGGCGCCAACAAUAAAAUGGUACAAAAGCGGUGUUCUUGUUGUCUCUGAUACGCAUAGAAGCCUCCUUCCAGCGGGAGGACUAUUUUUCUUAAGAGCAACCCAUGGAAGGGCACAUUCUGAUGCAGGAGUGUAUUGGUGUGAGGCCACAAAUCCAUAUGGCACUGCUAGAAGUCGUAAUGCAACUUUGCACGUCGCUGUUCUUCGUGAAGAAUUCCGAUUAGAACCAGUGACAACGCAGACAGCGCAAGGAGAGACAGUCAUACUAGAAUGUUCUCCACCAAGAGGCUCCCCUGAACCGACAGUGUAUUGGAAAAAGAAUAGUCAAAUCUUACAUUUUGAUGGUGACUCCAGAAUGCAUUUAGUGGAUGGUGGAAGUCUCGUAAUACAAGACGCAAGGCAAACUGACGCUGGUAGAUAUCAAUGCAUUGCUAGGAAUGCGGCUGGCACUAGAGACUCCGCUAUUGCUACGCUCAGAAUACACAUCAAGCCAUAUUUAAUCGCUGGUCCAGAAGAUAUCGUUGCACAAACCGGAGGGAGUGUUACCUUCGAAUGCAGAGUGGGCGGCGAUCCCCUCCCCGAUGUGUUAUGGCGGAGGACAGCCGGCGGUGGUAACAUGCCACUCGGCCGUGUCAAAGUCCUUGACGACAGGAGCCUCAGGCUUGACAAUGUUGUUCUAAGUGACGAGGGAGAAUAUACGUGUGAAGCUGACAACGCAGUCGGUGCAGUGACUGCGAGUGGAUACUUGACCGUUUACGAUCCGCCAACGGUAACAUUGAAACCAAAUUCAGUCAUCGUAGAAAGUGGUAUUGCAGCCAUUUAUACUUGCACUUCCUCAGGGAAACCCGAACCGACAAUGUUCUGGAGUUUAGAAGGCAAUAGAACCAUUAUGUUACCUGGUACAUCCAAAGGCAAAUAUCAUGCAUCAGCAUUAAUUGAUGGCGUAACUGUUUUAACGAUUAACGCUACAAAUAAAAAUGAUAGCAGCCACACAAUAGUUUGUUCAGCAGUUAACUUUGCUGGCAGUUCGUUUAUUAGAGGAAAACUUACCGUGACGUCAGACGAUGACCGCCCACCUCCAAUAAUAACAAACGGUCCCUCUAACCAAACGUUACCUAUAAAAUCGAUGGCUGUUUUCCCCUGUACGGCCAGCGGCACACCUGAACCAAUCAUUGCGUGGUAUUUUGAAGGGGAAGCAUUAAUACAAAAUCAAAGAAGAAAUAUCUCUACUGACGGAACACUCAUAUUAAGAGACUUGGACAAAGAUGACAGUGGUACCUAUACUUGUGUCGCUUCUUCCCAACAUGGAAAAUAUGUCUGGAGCGGGGUUUUGGCAGUUGAUACUCCAACAAAUCCGAAUAUUCAUUUCUUUAGAGCAGCUGAUACUUCUGCUUUACCAGGACCGCCGACAAAACCACAAAUUUAUAAUAUCACUCAAACUAGUGUUACUAUAACAUGGAACCAAAAUAACAAAAUUGGUUCUUCUUCUAUCAUUGGAUAUCAAGUAGAAAUGUUUUCCAGAGAGACUCUCUCAGGAAAUAACACCCCUCGAAACUCUCGAGGAUGGGUAGUUGUAUCUAAACGAGUUCAUCAGACACACUUUAUAGUAAAAUCAUUAAUUCCUGGGAUAACUUAUAUGUUUAUUGUAAGAGCUGAAAACUCCCACGGUCUAUCUGGACCGAGUCCAGCUUCAGAUGCUGUAACGGUUGGUGAGGAUAAUAAUUCGUUAUGGGAGGGAGGAAUAUUUUCAAAUAAUACAGAGUACAGAAAAAAUAUAAUGACAGAUAAUAUUGUUGAACUUAUUGAAGCAACGCCCAUCGACUCUAAAACAAUAAAACUUAUGUGGGAAAUACUUAAUUUUUACUAUCUCGAAGGACUUUUUAUUUACUUUAGACCAUUGGACAACCAAACAAUUGAGUAUGAAAUGAAAACGAUUCUGCAUUCCAACGAUGUUUCCGGCUAUGAAAUAACAUCCCUCAGAAAGUACACGAGAUAUGAAUUCUUUCUUGUACCCUUUUAUAAGAAGUUUGAAGGAAAACCAUCGAACUCUAGAGUGGCGCAAACACUGGAUGAUGUUCCUGAUGGGCCACCAACGAAUAUUGAAAUGUAUAUUUAUAAUUCAACAACGGUACAUCUUAAAUGGCACCAUCCAGAACCUAAUUUACAGAAUGGAGCUAUCGUAGGAUAUAAUGUUGUCUUGAAUUGGUUAGAUAUACCAGCUAACAAAUCUAUGGUAGCUAUAAAUACGACUGUUCAUCAAGCUACUAGCCUAAUUAUGACAAACUUAACGUCAGGAGUUAGUUAUUCAGUGCAAAUUGCAGCAGAAACAAUAGUUGGCUUAGGACCCUUUAGCCAAAAAGUCUACUUGAAUAUUGAUUCUCGAUCAGUGGGAUUAGACCCAUUAUCAAGAUAUCCUAGUAAUGGAGAAGUCUCAAUUGUUGCUGGAGAUUUUGUAAUGGAAACAUGGUUUUACCUAUUAAUUGGUGCCAUUGUUUUAUUCAAAAUCAUUAUAAUCGGUGGCAUUAUUUACAUUCGAAGACACAACAUUUUUGCGAAAAAGUCGGCUCUUCCCAAUAUCUACGAUUCUAAUGGUACUAGUUUGGUUACUCAGAUGAAUAUUAAAGCAGCUGUUUCUUUAUCACAUCCACUCAGUAGUUGUUACAAUAAAAAUACAGUUACAAAAACUGAGUCACUUUUAUGGAUGGAAAAUCAGCCUGGACUGUGUAUGUCUGCCAAUCAAACAAGUCAAUGCAAAGAAAAAACCAAUUCCGAAUACGAUAAAGUGACCCAACAACUGCCUGAAUAUGCCGAAGUAACAACUUCCAGAGUAAAUGGAAAUGAGUGGAAUACGAGCAAAACAGCAACGUCCCCAGCUGCCUAUGCUUCGGUUACACUAGUGGCCAACACUCGACAGUGCGUCAGUUCCUUGGGUUGGUUUCCACCGGGUAGCAAGAACGUUGACAGUUACGAAAGCCGCUACGCACCAGACGAAGAACUCUACCCAGCAAGCAAUGGGGGAUAUUAUAAUAGAAAUGUUUAUAGUGAAAAAUAUUUUCAAGGCCACCCUAAUGUCCUUAAGUUUUAUGAUCUGCCUUCCUUAGAUAAGACACAAAAGGCACAAAUCAGAUACAAUCAAAGCUUAGAUGAGCGUAAGCCUGAUAAAAAGGUUAUCACAGAUGCAACACAAUCUCUCAUAGGGAGAAGUUAUGGUGGCAACUCUAGAAAAAAUUCUGAAUCUGAAACUACGUAUAGAGCAUUUGGUGAAGAUGAGUCUGAAGAUGAGAAUUACGGUGAUGAUUGUGGUUAUGAUGAGUUACAAGCGAUGCAGCCCCAAAGACCGAGGCCUAAACACCAAUAUGAAAGGCCUAACUUUGACAACGACGCUACUCGAACGUUAGCACGCCUGACUUCUUUUAGACAUGGGCAGAAUGUUCUUAAUGCUACUCAAGCUUCUCAUGUCACUCACUCUCCUGCCGUGCCUCAUCCACGAAUUGACUCAGUGACUCGGUAGUAUCACGCCUUGCCGGUUUUCGGCGACUUGUGCCAAACGGACGUAUAGACCGAUGUUUUUCUAAAGUGCACUACCAAAUAGUGACUUCGUUAUAACGACUGUUCUUCCGCACCUUUUAAAGA